GGUGUUGUCAAGAAACAUCAUCCGCUCCUGCCAACUCCCAGACACCAUCUCUUCUUUUCCGAUUCGACAAAGUCAUCUCCAAGUAAAGACAGAAUGGCAACUGCACAGUUGGCGUUGGUCCUGCUGGGAGUCCUCGCUAUUGCACACGGUCUUGUUCCACCAAAUCAAGGUACUUACCCCAAAGGUUGCCGCCCCCAAUGUAGAAAGUACUGCGAAUAUGGCUUCGAACUCGACCACAAUGGCUGUCCACUCUGCCAGUGCAGGACCAGUCCCGUGUGUCCUCAGCUGACCUGCUACAACCAGUGUCCUUACGGCUUCAUCUACCGAAAUGGUUGUCAGACGUGCGAGUGCAAUGUUGAUAACUGCCAGCAGAAGUGCUUGGGUUAUUGUCAGGCACCCCACUCGAGCAUCCUACCCCAUGGUUGUAACUGCAACUGCCCAGGUCACGUGCAUCCAGUGCCACCAACCUAUUAGACUCCGGUUGAUGACAGAGCAAUUGAGAACCAUGGCAUAAUCCAAAACGCAUCACUGACUGUACGAAUUACCUCGGCCAACAGGAAGAUUUCGAAAUCAUGAUGACAAAGUACAGAAAUAAACGCUUUAAAUGACAA